CAGAAAGCAGAUCCCCCUGGUUGGUGUCUCACUGGACCUUGAAAAUGGAAGCGAGUAACAAGCAGAAAGGCUACGCAUGGGCUCUUUCAGCCGGACUAAACGCUGCUCUCGCUGCCAUUUCAGCUAAAUUCUUCUCAUCUCAGUUCAUUAGAUAUGGUCUGGUCAUAUUUUUCAAUGCGAUCAUGUGGGGAUCUUAUGUUAAUAGCUUGAAAGCUCUCUCGUCUCUACAAGCUACAGUUACAAACUUCGCUACCAAUUUUCUGUCUUCGGGUCUAGCUGGAUUCUUUCUCUUUGAGGAAGCACUAUCAUUUCAGAAAGCAGAUGUUGAACAUAGCUGGUGAACUGAUGUUUGGCAUCAAGAAUCUCCCGUGGACCAUAUGCCGUACUUCUGCAACUUUACUUCACAUCCAGUUAUAUCACUUGCAGAGGCAUGUUCCAGGUUGUAUACUGGAUUCCAUUCAUCUCCAAUACUGUAGAAGUUUGGAUGAUGAGUGCCUUCUUUACGAUGGCCAUAAAAAUUUGCUGACAUGCACACUAGUCGCGCACGCGCACACACCUAACGAAAAAAAUCAUGUUCAGCAAUUGAGUGCAAACCUAUGUUCAAAUCCCUGCCUGAGUAACCUGCAUUAUGUUUACCCAUCCAGCACUAACAAGAAAAAGGACAAGUAAUUUUUAAUUUCCGUUGUUUUUUCCCUUUGAAAUUAGAUAUUAUUCUUGUUAAUGACUUGUAUCUGGUAUAUAGAUAGAAUCUGAGUAGUUCUGUUUCAGCUCUAAUCUUCAUAGGUUCAUUUCUGAACACAAGGUUGCUC